AUGUCCAUACCGGAAGUGCACCCGCCUUCUCCGGAAGUAGGAGCUACUGCACAGGACACCUCACCGGUUGCUCCGACGCGUUCCACCCGCAACAUUAAACCUCCAGACCAGUUUGGUGAAUGGACCUAUCAUUCCCAACAAGCUCAGUGGUUACAAGGAAACGAGAUGUCCAAGACCACCACCUUCGGAAUAUUGCCAAUGUGGAAUGAAAAUGGUGGAGCAUAUUGGAUACAAUUGCUCAGCAUUGUUCCAGAUAGAUGUGGGGAGUUUGAAUUCGUUGUCGCAAAACUCAAUAUGGUCCAGCUUAAGGAAGCUUUGUCAGGGUUCAAUGAUUCCUUGGUUUACAUAAGAAUCCCCAUCCCCUCAAAGGAUGCAGCCAAUUUUUUUACCUGUAGGGGGAAGCUGUGUAAAAUUACUAUAAGAAGUGUAUUCACUAUACAAACAAGGAGAGACCUUGAGCCUGUUCUUGGUCAGGGCUUGGACUACAGGCUGAUCAAUGUACAAGGGGACAGCUUUUAUGUCAAAACAAACACUCUGCGCCUACAUGCACUGACAGAACAGUUGGAAAAAACUGUAGCUGAAAAGGAAAAUCUAUUGAAAGAAAACCUGAAUCUUAAAGAAAAGUUUGCUUUUGUUACAAAGGAAAAAUUUGUGGAGAAACUGAACACAUCUAGUACUUUAUCGAUAUCGAAGGAAAAUAAUGAACAAAAUAAGCCAGAAUGUAAACUUUCCAGCAGAAAACCAUUUGAAAACUACACCUUCACAUCAGUCAAAGGGAUCGAUAAAAAGGAUGAGAAAAUCCAAACGGCAACGUUUCUCCAUGUGAUCGGCACAGAUGCGCUGGAAGUUUUCAACACUUUCAAGUUCGACAACGAAGGUGAUCAAGAGAAAAUGGAACCUGUUACAGAUAAGUUUCAGCAGUAUUGUAAUCCUCGUAAAAAUGUAACAUUUGAACGGCACGUGUUCUUCACUCGAAAUCAGCAGGCGGUAGAAACGAUAGGCCAGUAUGUUACAGAGUUGAGGACAAGGGCGACCACGUGCGAGUUCGGUGACCUCUGUGAUAGCUUGAUCAAGGACAGACUGGUAUGUGGGGUUCGAGAUGAAACAAUAAGGGCAAGACUGUUGAGAGACUCUGAUCUAAAUCUCAAGAAAGCUAUUGACAUUUGUCGUGCUAGUGAAAUGAGUGCAUCACAGUUGAAAUCACUAACCAGUGAAGAUGAUAAAUUGGUCCACGUGGUGAAACAGAAACAGACACGAGGCGGCAUGUCAAAGUCGGCACAAACGGGUAAGUCGCAAUAUGAGAAUCCAGAUAGAAAGGGAAAGGUACAGGUAAUAGAUACACACGAUGACACUGAAGAUCUGUUUAUUGGAACUGUACAAGUGGACAAAGUCAGCACAGAGUCAGUGACAAAUAAUGAUGAAUGGUUUGUAAACCUUCGACUGAAAAACAAAUCUGUGAAAUUUAAAAUAGACACAGGGGCUCAGUGUAAUGUGAUCUCGAAAAAAGACUACAUAGCUGCAGGUGGAAAAACAGUGAGUAGAAAGAAUGUCAAAAAACUGUAUACACUGACAGGGGAGAGAAUUCAAACCGUUGGUCGUGCAAUGGUUCAGUGCGAGUACAAGAAUAGAUACUACGUGCUAGAUUGUCAUGUCGUUGAGCAAGACGUCACCCCUGUUAUUGGACUUUUGUCAUGUCAAGAGUUGAAUCUUGUAAAGAAAGUUGAUGCUGUUAGCACAGAAACAAAACAAAACACAGAUAUCCUGAAGGAAUAUUCAGAUGUUUUUAGUGGAUUACAAGGAUCAUUCUACAAACAUCAUAUUGAAAUAGACCCUACAGUGAAACCGGUUGUUCACCCUCCACGCAAAGUACCGUUAGCAGUACAUGACCAAGUAAAACAGGAACUUGACAGGAUGGAGAAAUUAGGCGUAGUUGAGAAAGUACAUGAGCCAACCGGCUGGGUUAACUCGAUGGUGGUAGUGAAAAAAUCAAACAAUAAACUCAGGAUCUGUAUUGACCCCAAAGAUCUGAACAAGGCAAUUAAAAGAGAACACUUUCCUAUGAAAACGAUAGAUGACGUCACAGCUAAAGUAGCAAACGCCAAGUACUUCUCAAAAUUCGACGCGGAGUCAGGAUUUUGGCAAAUUGUGCUAGACGAGCCAAGCAGUAACUUGUGCACAUUCAACACACCUUUCGGACGUUAUAAGUUCCUCAGAGUACCAUUUGGUAUAUCAAGUGCACCUGAAGUAUUCCAGAGAGCCAUGUCAGAAGUUUUCAAGGACUUGGAUGGUGUCGAAACAAUAGUGAAUGAUAUCCUUAUUUGGGGUGAGACACGUGAACAACAUGAUGCUAGGCUACGUUCAGCACUAGAAACGGCUAGGAAAGCUAAUGUGAAACUGAACAAGUCAAAAUGCCAGAUAGCAGCCACAGAAUUAAACUAUAUUGGACAUACACUCAGCGCUCAGGGUUUGAAAUCAGAUGCGGAGAAAGUGAAAGCAAUACAGGAAAUGCCUGACCCUGAAGACAAGGCAGGAUUGAUGAGAUUUAUGGGUAUGGUUCAAUAUGUUGCUAAGUUUAUACCAAACCUGGCAGAAGUUAGCGCACCACUUCGGCAACUUCUGGAAAAUGACGUUUGCUGGGAUUGGGGCCAAUCACAACAAAAUAGCUACAAACGGCUGAAAGAUCUCGUAAGUGAGGCACCUGUGCUCAAGUUUUACGACGUUAAACAACCAGUAACAUUGUCAGUCGACGCGUCCUCAACAGGACUUGGAGCAGUGCUAUUACAAAACAACCAGCCAGUGGCAUAUGCGUCAAAAUCUCUCACAACCGCACAAAACAUUAUGCUCAAAUAG